AUGCUUUUCUCGUCGUUACUUGUUCUGGCUUCGGUAACAGCUGUAUCAAAGGCAGCUGACCCUGUACUCGAAACGAGGAAUUUUAAUAUUACCCAAGCACUCCUCGACCAUGGAGUUGACGUCUCAAAACUUCCUGUAUCUUCCAAAGAUGCGAUGCGAUCUGAUACAGGCUGUGCAGCUGCUUGCUCCUCACUUAAGAUCCUCUACGGUGAUUCAGCAGUCGAGAGCCGAAACGAGAAAGCUUUCAGUGACUUUACCCACACUUACUGGUCUGCGAUGCAAUCGGACGUGAAUCCAUAUUGUAUCUUCAAGCCUCAAAAACCUAUCCAGGUCUCUGUACUCGUCCUCUUGGCUCGAUUGGCACAAUGCCCAUUUGCUGCAAAGAGUGGUGGUCACGCAGCUUUCGCUGGUGCUUCUUCAGUGGAGGGUGGCAUUACUGUCUCAUUUACUAAUCUUAAGGAUAUUUCGCUUUCUAAAGAUAAAAAGAUUGCUUCCAUUGGGCCAGGGAAUAUUUGGGGUGGUGUGUUUGAGGAGUUGACCAAGUCUGAUGUCACUGUCAUUGGAGGACGAAUUCAUAAUAUUGGUGUUGGGGGGUUAAGUACUGGAGGCGGUAUCUCAUACUUCUCCAACCUGUAUGGUUGGGCUUGCGACAAUGUCGAAAGCUACGAGGUGGUCCUCGCCAACGGAUUAAUUGUCAAAGCCAGCACUACUAACCAUCCUGAUCUUUACUGGGCCCUCCGAGGCGGUGGCAAUAACUUUGGUCUUGUUGUCAACUUCAAUCUCAAGACCGUCCCCCUUCCCAAUGGCAAGAUGUGGGGAGGCGCACGCCUGUACACCGAAGACAAAUUCCCACAAGUCACUAAUGCACUCUUCAACAUCGUUAAAAACUCGGAGAAAGACCCCAAGGCUGGUCUCUUUGUUGUUUUCAGCUACACUGGGGGUUACAGGGUUGUGAUGUCAACUCUGUACUACGCUGAGCCUGGUGCUGGGGACGCAGCCAUCUGGGAUGACUUUGAUAACAUCGAGGCUAUCUCGGAUACUACGAAAGACAGAAGCCUCCCUGCUUGGGUAAAGGAGACAAUGAAUGAUAGCCCGCCUGGCUUUCGACAGAUGUACUACGUUAUCAGCACAAAGGUUGACCGUGGUAUCCUUGAAUUUGCCCGGGACUACUUUUACAAAACUGUUCUCACUGUUGCAGAUGUUCCCGGAAUUUUACCGUGUAUCGUUGUGCAGGGCAUUACUACUCCCCAGAUCAAGCAUAUGCGGAAGAAUGGAGGAAAUGCCCUUGGUAUUGACGCUAAGAAUGGACCUCUGUUUAUCAUCCAAUUGGCCGUAUGGUGGGAGAACAAAGUGGAUGACAAGGCCAUCUACAGCUGGAUGUCCGAUAUUCUUGAGACUAUCUCCAAAACGGCAAAGGCUCGUGGUGUUGGGAAUGAUUACGUCUACAUGAACUACGGGAGUGAGUUCCAGGAUGUCAUUGCUACGUAUGGGGCGAGCAACAAGGCCAAGUUGAAGAGUAUUGCCAAGAAGUAUGAUCCUCAGCAGGUAUUCCAGUUGUUACAGCCAGGAUAUUUUAAGCUGGACCGGGCGCCGCUUCCCAAUUCUGGGUAUUUCUCCCACUAG